UUCAUGUCAUCUAUAACAGCCAUCGCCAGAGCUCUGGAUACUAUCCAACCGCUAUAAUGGCCAGUUGAUAAGAGAAGUCGAACUCCCGAAAAGAAACAAGAUAGGGGAUCGGGGAUACUGGGGGAAAAUUGAGACUCCAGAAAUGUUGACGCGGAAAUGUGGAGCAUUUACUCUGCCAGAGACAAUGCAGGAGACCGGGACUAUGUCGGGAUACCACGGCUACCCUCAGUCGAUGGGCUACCACUCUUCAACAACCCCCACCACUUCCCCGGCCGCUUCCACCACCCCCUUCUCUGUCAAAGACAUUCUAUGCCUGGCCGCGGCCCAGCAGCACCAGCACCACCACCACCACCACUCCCGGCACCAGCCCGUGCCUCAAGCCCCGGCCAUGCAAGGCUAUCAGGACCACAGUUUGUUUCCCAUGACAGACGAGGCCUUCCUGGUGGACACCGCCGCCUUCCCCUGCGACAUGUCGGCCGCCUCCUGCGCCGUCAGCUCCCCGGACGAGGCUAGGUCGUCCUGCUCGUACCCCUCCGCCAUGGGCUUCGCAGAGGUUGCUCCCUCUUCCACAUCACCUCUUGAUCAGAAACUUCCAAUUCUUCAAUCCCAUCAAACUAUUUCUUGUCAGGAGAUUUGCCGAUCUGUAGAUACGAAAAGACCAACGAAUCAUCAUCACCACCCCCAGCUUGGAGGGGGCGGGGCGGUGGGAGGCGACAAGCAGCCCAGCAAGACUCGCCAGCGGCGCAAGCCCCGGGUCCUCUUCUCUCAAGCCCAGGUCUAUGAGUUGGAGCGACGCUUCAAGCAGCAGCGCUACCUGUCGGCCCCCGAGCGAGACCAGCUAGCCACCCUGCUCAAGCUCACCCCGAACCAGGUCAAGAUCUGGUUUCAGAACCGGCGCUACAAGAGCAAGAGGCAGCGCCAGGACAAGAGCCUGGAGCUGGCCGCCGGGGGACACCACCCCCACCACCAGCAAUUCCCACCCCGACGGGUAGCCGUGCCCGUGCUGGUCCGGGACGGCAAGCCGUGCCUCGGCAGCUUGGGGGCCGCCGCCUCCACGCCACACUCGGCACCUCCCCCGCCUCCACCGCCGCCGCCGCCCCCUCCUUAUGGUUACACGGCCUGCGGCGGCUACAGCUCCGCAGGGGCGGGGAGCUCAGUCAGCUCAACGGGACGAUUCGUCAACUCGUGCUCGUACACGGGCGGAUUACCUACGGGAGGAGCGAGUUCGCACGGCAACGGUGUAGGCGUUUAUUCCCAACCCACCAUACAGCAAGCAGUGAGGACAUGGUGA